UAUAAAACGACAAAAAUCGGUCGCUCAUUCUUCAUCAUCGUCGUUACAUUUCCAAGAUUAUUUAAACUUUGAUUCCAAAUUCCAAAAACAAAAAAGAAUUAAAAAAAUCCAUCUCUCUUCUGCUUUCUGUUAGUAUUAUUUUUUCAAUUCAUCUCCUCCACCGCCACGCUCUCCCUCUCUUUGCAUGACAUAAUACUCUUUUUUACUACUAUUAUUAUCAAAAUCAAUCCACAAAUACAUUCUUUCAUUUAAUUUUCUAGAUUUUACUCUUCUUCUGCCAUGGCGAUUCUCGAAACACCGGACCCGCUCACUUCCGCCGCGGCGACUGGCAUCUCCUCCGAUCUUAACCUCUCGCUACGACGGAGGCGAAACUCCGACGGAGCUAUUUCUGAAUUAGCUUCCUCCAAGAUGAAUGAUCCUGUACCGGAAUUUCAAAGUUCUAAGCGUAAUCAUAAUGUAAAAGAGAGUGUAGCUGUUAAUAACAACAGCAAAAAUGAUAAGGAAAAAGCUGAGAAUCAAGAAAAUAAUGGAGGAUCAUCGGAUGUUAAAUUUACGUAUAGACCGUCGGUUCCGGCUCAUCGGUCUCUUAAAGAGAGUCCGCUCAGCUCCGAUUUAAUAUUUAGACAAAGUCAUGCAGGUCUCUUCAACUUAUGUAUAGUAGUGCUUGUUGCUGUGAACGGCAGGCUUAUCAUUGAGAAUUUAAUGAAGUAUGGAUGGUUAAUAAGGACCGGGUUUUGGUUUAGUUCGAGGUCACUGAGAGAUUGGCCUCUGUUUAUGUGCUGUCUGUCUCUCCCAGUGUUCCCACUUGCUGCCUUUCUUGUUGAGAAGUUGGCAUAUCGAAAAUGUAUAUCCGCAUCUAUUGCUAUUUUCUAUCAUGUGCUCAUCACUUCAGCGGCCAUUUUAUACCCAGUUUUUGUAAUUCUCAGUUGUGAAUCUGCCGUCUUAUCUGGUGUCACGUUAAUGCUCUUUGCUUGUAUCGUGUGGUUAAAAUUGGUAUCUUAUGCACAUACAAACUAUGAUAUGAGAGCAAUUUCCGACUCUAUUGAUAAGGGAGAUGCUUCUAAUGGUUUCAGUCCCGAGUAUGCUCAUGAUCUGAGCUUCAAGAGUUUGGUCUACUUUAUGGUUGCUCCCACAUUAUGUUACCAGCCAAGUUAUCCUCGCACGGCAUAUAUUCGAAAGGGUUGGGUCUUCCGUCAAUUUGUCAAACUAAUAAUAUUUACAGGAUUCAUGGGGUUCAUUGUAGAACAAUAUAUCAAUCCUAUCGUCCAGAAUUCGCAACACCCAUUAAAAGGGGAUCUCUUAUAUGCCAUUGAGAGGGUUUUGAAGCUCUCAGUACCGAACUUAUAUGUUUGGCUUUGCAUGUUCUAUUGCUUUUUUCAUCUAUGGCUAAAUAUACUUGCUGAGCUCCUUUGUUUCGGUGAUCGUGAGUUUUAUAAAGAUUGGUGGAAUGCAAAAACGGUUGAGGAGUAUUGGAGGAUGUGGAAUAUGCCUGUUCAUAAGUGGAUGGUUCGCCAUGUCUACUUCCCAUGCCUACGCCAUAACAUACCAAAGGGGAUAGCCUUAGUUAUUGCUUUCAUGGUUUCAGCUGUAUUUCAUGAGCUGUGCAUUGCGGUUCCUUGCCACAUAUUUAAACUUUGGGCUGCAUUUGGAAUUAUGUUCCAGAUACCUUUGGUCUUGAUUACUAGCUAUCUUCAAAAGAAGUUUAGAAGCUCAAUGGUGGGAAAUAUGAUAUUCUGGUUCUUUUUCUGCAUUCUUGGCCAACCAAUGUGUUUACUCUUGUAUUACCAUGACCUAAUGAAUCGCAAAGGCAAUACUGAAUCAAGAUGAAACUAACCCAUGGCAACAGAGGUCAGUCUACUUAUUGAUACGCUCAGUUACAGUGGCAACAGAGGUCAGUCUACUUAUUGAUACGCUCGGUUACAGUUGCUUCAAUAUAUUGUGUUCAAGAUUCAUCUGCUGUUGUCAUGAGUCGCGGCACUGCUGAUCUUGUUACACAACCCAUCAACUGGGUGCUUCAAUUGGUUGGUUCAGUAUAUAUGCAAAAUUUUGGAAGUAUAAAUCAUGGCAGAGAGUAGCGCCAUGCUGUAGCAUCAUCUCGCAGAGAUGGUUAACUAUGAGUGCAAAGUUGUACAUGUGUUUUUGUGUAUGAUUUAUCUUUCUUGAAUCCUAUCAAAUGGUUGUGCAAUUGCAUAUCUCUUGGUUUUGACUAUUAAAUAAGUGGAAAGGCUUGCUGGUCUUUUGUUGGGUGCA